UGAAUUUUCGAAAGGAAUCGAGUGUCGAGGGUGGAAGUGAAAUAUAUUCGGAUGGGGUGAAGAUAAGACUCUGGUGGGUUGAUGUUAGGGUGGGUGACUCUGAAUUUGAAAUACCCGAUUGGUGUUUGGUUAUGGGGGAUUGAAAAUUGAGAUCGAUUCUUGGCAGACUGAUAAGGAAGUGAAGCAGUGUUUGGUUAUGGAGGAUUGAAUAUCGAAGAUGACGAUACAGAUCCUGCCGAUAAACUAAAUUUCUGCUGGAUUUAUGGCGUGGAAUGGUCAAUUUCAGGUUUAUGGUAAACUAGGAAAAUCUCGACGGUGAAUCUGUUAAGAUGCUGGAAAUUAAAGUUUUCACGGAUAAGUUUGAAAGCGGAGAAUCCGAUGAAUCGUGAAAUUGAUAAAUUAAAUCUACGACGAACGAAAAAUAAGAAAUUGAAUUUUCUGCUGAAUUUUGGAGAGCCUCGUAGUAAUUCAGAUUCUAAUUCUAAGUUAAUGAACAUUAAAAAAAAAAAAAAAUUGAAGAUCGAAAUCUUGGUAGAUGUUCAACAACAAUUUGAAUCUCUGGUGAAUUUGAGACAAUGAAUUGCCAUCUAGUAUGAGAAAUUUGAAGUCAGCUUUUCAAAACAUUUUGUCAUUUAGAGCUUAAUGCUAAAUUAAAGCAUGUUGUGAGAAAUUAAACAUUGAAAUUUGAAGGAAGAGACUCCAAUAAUAAGUUUAGUCUCUGAAUUAACGUUAAGAUAGCAAAUUGCUAUUUGAGAGCAGAGAUUUGAAUUUGAUGGUUAAUUUAGAAUGGCUUGGUGAUUUAGAUUCUAAUGUUAAGUUAAUGAAUCCUGAACGGGUCCAACGCGUCUAACAUAGAAUUAAUUUAGAGAGAUUGAAAUUUGAAUGCAACACCUAUUUCAAUGGGUCUUUAAUGCUAACAAUUGUAGCAAUUAGUGAGUUUUUGACGAAUUGCAAACGGUGCCAAUUAAUUGAUGUAAUAAUACAGGAUUUAAUUUUGAGAAUUAGAAAUUUGAGAAGGAUUUUCAGCAGAAUACUUGUUUGCGUGAAUCUCCGAUUUCACGUAAGUGGAUUAAACCAAUGUACAAUACAUUAUUUAGCGCGAGGAAUUAGUCGAAGCAACGAGUCUGCAGUUAACACUGGAAUCUCAAGUUUCACUUGAGAGUAAUUUUCAGCAGAAUAUUUUUUUAACAAGAUUUAAGAAGGCCUCGAGUUUUAUCAUAGCGAAUCUUCAUUGAGUAAUAAUUAAGAGCAACGAUUACUAGAGAAGAAAAUAUAUUUCUUAAUAUUGAUAAAAUAUAUCUGCAUAUAAUUCUAAAGAUAUAAGGAAAAUUUAUAUAAGAAAAUAGCAAUUAUUAACGUUAAAGACCACCAAGAGGCAUCAACUCUGCAGUCACUUGUCAAAAUUCAAGAAUUUCAUAAGAAUCAAAAUUUUCCAAUCAUCGACAAGAUAAAGAAAAUAGUCAAUGAAGCUGCUCCAAAGCUUUAAUAAAGGUUUUUAGCAAGUCCGGAAACUUCCAUUGAUCAAUCAUUGCCAAAUACCAAUUAACGUUAACGAUUAACUAGAACAUCGACUCGGCAACCACUUGCCGAAAUUCAAGAAGAAUCGCAUAAAAAUCCCGGUUUUCCAAUAGUCGACAAAAUCACCAAUAAACUCAACGAAGAUUUCCCGGCAGUUUGAAGAAAGCUGUGAGCGAAUCCUCAAAUAGUAAUCUCCGCUAAUACCAACUUUUCAUCUUAAUGCUAAUUGAUGACGUUAGUACUAAUUAAUCGAGGCAGCAGAUCCUCAAAUAAUCCCAUAGAAGCUACGUUGAAGGGAGAGUUUGAGCCGAACAUCGACGCAGACAGGCUACCUUUUCGAGAUCCAUCUUGGUCACGGCACGAAAAGGAUCAGCAGGACUCUGUGAAUUGGAAGGAUCUCGUGUGUAAUCCGACAAUCUUGCUGAAAGCUCGUGAGGUCGAAUGCACGUCGCUGGAAGAUACAGUUUCCCUCUGCCUCUUUCUCAUUGCUUCUUUUUCAUUCGUUUCACCCGUCGACGUGUUUCCCGGUGUUGGAAAACAUCGACGAAAUUAACAUCCGGAUAAUUGAAGCUGAAGAGGCCACGCUAAUUAGCCACUUAAUUCCACUCGAUUCGUACUGUAAUUUCGGGCGAGACGAAAAUGGGACAAUAGUGGUGUACCGAUGAUAUAUUUAAGAGAUUAUUUUAAGGAAAUUUGGAAAAAGCAGCGGGAAAUCGAGGAAAUCUCGAUUACCUGAAACUGAAAUCUUUUAGUGGAAUAGGAAAUUAUCGAGGAAACAGAAGAUAAACGAACGAUAUAUUCGAGAAGAAACUCGGACGUUGAUAAAAUUGAAUUAAUAUUCGACAGACUUUUGAUGCAAUAACAGAUAGCAACUGUUCCGCUAGACCUUUGAAAAUUUAUGAAAUAUAAAUGUAGAGAAAUUUGAUUAAAACCGAGGGAUAAGGAAAUAUCGAUCCUUUUUAACGGAGAAAGAAAUCGGAAGUUUAUAAAAAUCAAUCGGAGAAUUUUGCAAGAAUGUUCAACGAAACGAAGAAGAUUGAUCCGAAAGAAAUCGACGUACGAAGAAAGACAGAGUGUUCCUCGGAAGUGUAGCUAACUUUAGUCACAAAAAAGAAAGCAAUUCAAUCGUGUUGUAACGAAUAUUAACGAUAGUUAAGAAAACUGAGAUUGUGCUAUGAGCAAUUUCCGCAAGAUGUUAUCGUACCAAAGCUGCUUACUUUAUCGUUACACUUAGUACAACUGGGACCCAACAUGACCAAACGAAUAAAGACAACAAUAAAUCAUCUGCGUCGCUUCUGUCGUAUUUUUAAAUAACCUUCGUACAGUGUUCCACCUUAGUCGUAACAAAGUAUUUCCUAAAAAACACUCGCCAGGACCAAGAAACUUGUCGGCAUAAAUCCGACUUAGACCUAAAACCAAUUAACCUCCAAUUAAUCAGAACAACGAAUCUUCGAAUCGAUCAUCGAACGAAUGAAAAAUCUUUAAACGUCUCGUCGAUGAAGACAUCGUUAUACGACCGAACACCGGGAUUCCAAGAAGAAGACUGAGAAAUUCUGGAAAAUAGUGAUUUAAGAGCGUCUUUAAGAGCGUGCUUUUGGCCAAAUUGCGAGAAUGCAUGGUCACUUGGCGUUGAAGAAGAGGAAGAAUAUUCGUGUUGAGAAAUUGUCAAAUGUUUGGCUGUUGGAACGUGACGUAGACUUCUGGAAGAGGUGAAGCCAGGAAGCUUGGCUACGGAGGAUGGGUCAGGACUGGUGUGCACGUAGAAGGAAACGUUCCAGCAGCGGUUGCUGCCCCUGUGGGCCACGUGUUCAUCCCUCAAGUAGUUUCGACGUGGGAAAUGGAAGCUCAAAGGCAGACAGCGCUACGGGCGACAAUGCAUCGCAGAAUCCAAGUUUGGUGCUGCAACAGCCACAACGACGAGAAAGCUUCCUGUAUCGCAGCGACAGCGACUUCGACAUGUCACCAAAGUCGAUGUCUCGGAACAGUUCGAUCGCGAGCGAAAGAUACAAAGAAGCAGAGGUUGUUAUGGAGCGACCGGUUUCAACAGAUCCCAGUAGCCAUGGCGAGGAAUAUAUCGUCACACCUUUCGCGCAGAUUCUCGCCUCCCUGCGAUCCGUCAGGUACAACCUCCUGUUGCUCACGGAUGCGUUCACGAACCGAAUACGAAGGAACAGCGAGCAGGCGGGCAGCUCAUCACAGCAACAAGGUCAAACGCUAGGGGACGAGGAAUACGCAAAAACAGCCGCAGAUACGAUGUACGAGCUAGACUGGUGCCUGAAGCAGCUGGAAACUAUUCGGACGCAUCAGUCCGUAUCAGACAUGGCCUCAACGAAGUUUAAACGAAUGUUAAACAAGGAACUGUCACAUUUCUCAGAAUCGUCCAAAUCCGGUAACCAGAUAUCGGAAUAUAUCUGCAACACCUUCCUCGAUAAACAACAAGAUGUAGAUAUACCGUCUCUACCAACCGACGAGGACUCGUCAGCUACCGGAGGUGCAGAUAAAAAGGAGGCGAAGAAGAAGGACCGCGUGCAAAAAGGCCCAGCUUCCAUGUCACACAUAAGCGGCGUAAAACGACCCCUCACACACACGAACAGCUUCACCGGGGAACGUGUGCCGCUUCAUGGUGUCGAGACACCUCACGAGGAAGAACUCGGCGAGGCUCUAUUAAGCAUCAACACAUGGGGCAUCGACAUCUUCCGGCUAGGCGAUCUGAGCAACAAUAGGCCAUUGACCUGUAUCACGUACACAAUCUUCAAAAGCCGUGAUUUGUUCAAGGCAAUGUGCAUACUGCCCCAGACGUUCCUCAACUACAUGACGACCCUCGAGGAUCACUACGUCAAGGAGAAUCCUUUCCACAAUAGUCUACACGCGGCUGAUGUGACCCAGUCCACCCACAUUCUGCUCAGCACGCCCGCGCUCGAGUCCGUUUUCACACCAUUGGAAAUCGCAGCUGCCCUGUUUGCCGCAGCCAUUCACGACGUAGAUCAUCCUGGACUGACCAACCAGUUCCUGGUUAAUAUCGGCUCCGAGCUCGCUCUCAUGUACAAUGAUGAAUCCGUUCUGGAGAACCAUCAUCUGGCAGUGGCGUUCAAAUUGCUCCAGAACGAGUGCUGUGACAUACUCCGCAACUUGACGAAGAAGCAACGCCGGAUCUUCAGAAAGAUGACCAUUGAUAUAGUUUUGUCCACGGAUAUGUCCAAACACAUGACUUUGCUAGCAGAGUUGAAGACCACGGUGGAAACCAAAAUAGUUGCUGGCUCUGGCGUUCUCGUAUUGAAAACGUACAGUGAUCGAAUAAUGGUUAUAGCAAACGCAGUACACUGCUCUGAUCUAUCAAAUCCCACGAAACCAUUAUUCUUAUAUCGACAAUGGGUCCAACGGUUGAUGGAGGAGUUAUUCCGUCAGGGAGAUCGAGAACGCGAAAGAAAAAUGGUGAUUAGCCCAAUGUGCGACAGAUACAAUCCCACCGUGGAGAAGUCGCAGGUCGGCUUCAUAGACUACAUUGUCCAUCCUCUUUGGGAAACUUGGGCAGAAUUGGUUUAUCCCGGUGCUCGGGAUAUUCUGGAUAACCUAGAGGAGAAUCGAGACUGGUAUCAUUCCAUGAUCCCUCCGUCACCACCGUCCAACGAUCAACAGAAGAACGAACAACAGUCCGAUAAUAUACACUUCCAGGUGACACUGGAAGAGGACUAUACCAUUGACACGGAGGAGACCGCUGGAAUGUGACUGAGAUUCGCGGGUAUUUGCAAGAAGCUCCACGAGAAGGUGCAGCAGACCUGGUGGCGCGUGCGUCAGUAAUCAUUAGCUCGCUGCCACUGACUAAAUGUCUAUGUGUCUAUCUAUAUUCCUUUUUGGCCAAGCUCCACUCCCCGGAACAGUGGAAGAAACCUUGUCUCAACAGGAGAGACAGGACAAAGAGAAAAGGAAAGAGUGAGAGAAAGAAAAACGAUUAAGUGGAAAAGGAACGUCUAGUCGCCGCUAGUUCAGACCUCGACAAAUAAACUCGGGGUCUUUCCUGACGUGUCAGAAGAGAAUAAAGAUCAGCCAGGAAAGAAAUUUGGAAGAUGGAGGACAACCCACAUUGACGCGAUCGUUUUGCUCAGACGCUGACGCGUCUCAGCUAUGGGCAACGGUCCUAAAUCGCUUCGUCUCGACUAAUUCGAGACGUGACGACAGCGUCCACGAUGAACCAUCCUCGAUAGAAAGACAGAGAGGAGCAUCGUCGUCGUUACCAUUGUCGCUUUUCUCCCUUCCCAUAGUCGUCGUUCGAUCGGCCCCAGAUUGGCGCGUCUCUGGCUCGAAUAUGGAGGGCACGAAUCUCUUCACCAAGUACCUGUACAUUACCCAGGUGGACCGAUCACGGUAAAGACUAUCACCGUGUCUUUAUUAGGUUCCCUUUAUUAUCGUAAUAUAUAGAACGAGAACAUGAAAAACGACGCAACUCGAGGAAAUCCCGAAGGAAAUAUCUCAUCUCGCCUCAGUGGUAGGAUCCUAUCUUGACAUAUCAAUUUCACGGUACAAGCAGCUCCGAUCGCGAUAUUCCAACGAUCCGGAGGAUCUCCUACGCAGCCAGCUGAUCCUCGAUUGGUUAUUGAAGAAAUUGAACGUCUACGUUGGACCGUUUAUUCCAAUUUCGGCCAAAUUGGCUAUGUGGCUGCGGUAGAGACCAGAUUCGAUAAUUUUACAAAAGAAUUAAAGUUGAAUGGUUAAAAGGUUUGAGAAAGAGAAAGGUAUAGUGAUCGACAGAGAGGGUCAGGGGCAUACAUACGUACCUACACAGAAGACACGCGAUCGUUUUUAACCAAAGAGUAUUGUUAGUCACUUCGUCGUUCGAGAAACGAACUCUUUUUCUUCAUUCAGGAUAAAUAAGAAAAAAUGAAUUAUAAAUCGUGAACAAACAGCGAGACAUCAUCGCGCGUUCUAGCUUGUAGCGAUGGUAGAUUACUUAGGGGACUCAGCGAGGUGGAGAAUUAAAUUAGUUAGAACUUUGCAACUCGAUGUGUUUACGAAACCGAGACUAAGAAUAAAAAAAAAGAAAAAGAGAAAAGGUAUUAAAAAAAAUAAUAAUAAUAAAUGGAAAUAAAAUGAAAUAACGAACUACUCUCUCGCUUGGAUGUCUGUGAAUCGCUCAAACUCAAGGAUCCAUGCUCGAUCUCAAGUCGGGCGUCGAUUCUCUUCGCUCUCUUUCUCGAAGCAUCGCGAUCUUUCAUCGAAAUUCAACUGGUAUAUAUACACAGACAUAUAUACAUAUAUUUUUUUUGUAAAAAAUCCUUUUUGGGCCUUGUGUUUUUUACGAUGCAUUUAUUUUCUCCUUUUUGAUAUAUGCCUAACUGAACAAAGAAAACAAAUUUAUCGUGUCGAUAAAACGACGAGGAAAUCAAUCGUGAUAAUGUUUUCACGUAUUCGACUUUCUGACGAGAAAAUAGCGGCCAAGGAAAAAUGACCGAUACGCGUCAAUUGCUCGAGAAAGAGGCGAAUACUUGUAUCUGUGUCCGUAGGCAGUGAAUCUAGUGAGUGUUUUUUGGUGCUGUGCACCAAGCUUAGAUCAUUAAGAGUAAUUUACGUAAGGCUACGAGUACACGACUAGAUAUUAAGCUGAGAAAUUAAUGUAUAAACGAAAAGAAUGGAAACAAAAAAAAAACCUAAAUGUUCUUUAGGACGUAAGCGAACCAAGUAACUAAUGAUAAUUAAAUAUUUAACAACGAGAAGAAGACGAUGAGAAUUAAUCGAAAUAAAAAAAUAAAACAAAAAAAAAAAAACAAAAAAAGAAUUGACAUGACGCUGUUCCAUUUUGGGAUCCCUCCGACAAUGUUCCGCUCGAAAGACGAUAAACAGAUUUUGGACAUUGCGAAGAUCGUGAGAUUCGAGUGAGAACGACCGAUCGAACGACGGGAAAAAAUAAUUACAAAAUAUCUACGCGUAUAAUUUUUUGCCGAUUUCUCCGAUUUUCUCCGUUUGCCUUGUGGUGACCUUGAUAUGUAACAUAUAGAUUUAAUUCCAUGGUUUUCUCUAGAAUUGUUGUACAUAUUUUUUCCUUUCUUUUUUCAUGGGUUCUGCGACGAACCAAAGAUAAUAUUUCCCUAUAGUAAGCUCCCUCUCGUGACUAAUGACGAAUGUUUUUGUAACGUGGAAUACAAGCGACAACCGCGUUCAUGAUGAUAUUUUCCUCAUCGAAUGAAUAUGUGUGCUUGUUAUUGUGUAUUUAACGAUUUUACCGACCCACAAUGGUGAUGACGAUGACUAUUAUUGUAUCAUGCGGCAUGGUCACGAUGAUGAAACGUUGAAUGAUCGCGAGAGAUGAAAUAGGGGUAACAAAAAUGAAUUAGAAAGGAAAAAAAAGAUGGCAAAAAAAUUUAUAAAAUAAGAACUAAAUACUAUGUGUUUGAUUGCUGGACAGUUAAAUGAACAUGUAUUUAUCGGUGUAAUCCUCGUAUAAGAUAUAUGUGUAAUAAAACAUAUUUAUUGUCGGAA